AUAUACCACAGUACCAUUGUCGCCCAUUGAACAAUUAGAAGGUCCACUUGCUACCUUUGUGCCAGUCUACAAUAUCUAAGAUAUUUUACUUUGAUACAGAGAAUCUUCUGGGGACAAGCCCAGAAGCGCCACGAUGUCCUACCCCUCACGACCCCUCCCAUCACACUUGCGACAAGCGUCCGCCUCAAACAAUGGAAAUUCGUUGCAAGGACAGUCUCCUGUUCUACUUGCGCGCAUCAACGAGAAACGGCAGGAACUUGAGAAUCUGAAAGAGCUGAGAGAUCUCAGUGCUGGCCUGGCUGGGCAAAUGACCGUUCUGGAGGAGAAGCUUGCAACCCUGUCUAAUGGCACUGAAGCUGUUGCGAUGGUAUUAGGCAACUGGCAUAAUGUUCUCAGGGCGAUAAGCAUGGCAUCAACGAAAAUACCGAUGCCUAAGGACUCCCAAAACUACGAAGAAGAACGAGAUGAGGAUGUACCUCUGCCACAAACCCUUGUCAGGAUUCCCACAGAGCAGGCUCCGUUAAUACAGCAACACGAGGAGGCAGCGAGAGAAGCUAUCAAUGAGGACCAAUAAGGGUUGGAAUAACACUGGAUUGUACAACGCUGGGUUUGGGUUAUACAUAUGACUGAUGAGAUAAUGAGGCUGGUGCAGGAUAUGGAGUCAGGCGUAGGGUUUGGUAGGCUGGUACUGCUGGAAAUACAUGGUAUGGGCAAGUCCAUAGUAGGCUUGUUGCCACAGAUAUGGCGCUUAGUUUCAGCGCACCCACGAGAGGUCGUGAGAGCGUGAGCAUCUAUGGAAUAAAUCGAGUUUCCACUUAACUGUACAUUACCAUGAGUCACUGGAGGCUGGAAGAUUGAAACACACGUUUUGUCGCGUCGCAUUUUCCUAGAAACGC